AUGGCGCAGGAGCUCUGCACCAUCAACCCGCUUAUCAACUGUUACACUGGCAGAGAGUUCGUCCAGGUCAAGCAGUGGUACUUUUCGACAUUGCCCAGGCACCUGGCCAAUAUCGAGCGCCUUUUGUCUGCAGACUUCUUUGGGGGCACAGCGCCCAGCCAUGCAGACUUCAACGUCUACCAUCACCUCUCAAAUGCCAGGCUGGUGGAGCCUCAGUGUGUUCCUGAUCGCCUUGCGCAGUGGAUGGAGUCCAUGGAGGCUUUGCCCGCUCUCCGCGCCUAUCUGGAGGAGCGACCGGAUCUCGUAGGCAUUGGCGAAGACCCCGGACUUGUUGACAAGGCCGGGAGGUUCUUGGCGCAGCGCCACCCAGAGGGUCAAUGCCGUUUGCAAGACGGGCAUUUCAUCUUCGAAGAAUGA